AUGGCGAGAGACUGCCACAGAAGCAGACAUCGUGGUAGUCGUUGCCGUUCGCGUUACAAGAUGAUCAACGAGAAAAUCGAUUUGCUUUCAUGGGCUAAUCUUGAUAACUCGAUGGACGCCAUUCAUAUAAUGACUGCAUCCCUGCUGAAUAUGAAUCGUACGCGCGAAGGCCGUAUGAGGAACGACGACGCGGCAAACGAGAGGCAAGAGGCGAGGCGAGGCGAGGCAACGCUGGACUGGACGAGGCGAGGCAGGACUAAGUGGACUGCACCUUCCGUCAACAUGCCCACGCCGAAUUCAACUCGAGCGAGUAAAGGCGACUCUCUCAAGGAGAUGACGCAAAACAGCUGA